AGCUCGAGGCUGAUCCACUGAAACCGGAAAUGUCAACCGAGUGACUGCGAAGCGACCCGAAGACUACUUCAUACUACAGGAUGGCUUCUUGCUAAAUCAAAACGAAGAAUACGAGUCAUUAGAUAUAUCGUCAAAGAGCAAACUGCGAACAUGACAAAUGUGUACUCUUUCGAUGGCAUCCUGGUAUUCGGGCUGCUGUUCAUCUGCACUUGUGCAUACCUCAAAAAGGUGCCUCGCAUCAACAGCUGGCUGCUGUCCGAGAAGAAAGGAGUGUGGGGCGUCUUCUACAAAGCUGCGAUAAUUGGGACGCGGCUUCACAUUGCCGUGGCGAUUACCUGUUUGGCCAUGGCUGUCUACGUUGUCUUCUUGAAAUGAUAGAGUCAGACUGGACUGGAAAGGACACUGAACUGAUACAGGCUGGGGUUGGACUCACCUCCGUGGUCAUGUGCUAAUCCUUGUUGGGGGGGGGGGCACCUCUUGGAUUACCUGACUGAUGAAACCCCAUUGGCCCUGUGGACCCAUGUGAAAGACUAGCCAGUGCUGCCCCCUUCUGGUGACUGGGAACAUAACUCCUCCUUUUGAUAAUUUGUGUGCACUACAGACAUGAAGGGCAACCGGAAUCUACUCCACAGUUAUUACAGAGGAGAGAGCCGGUUGGGUCACGUGGUAUCAUUCUGUUGUAGGGUAACACUGUUGGCUGUCUCCAUCCACACCCCAUAAAUAUUUAUACUGAAGGAUGCCGAAGAUAGAAUGGCAGUGUGUGCAUUGUACCGUAUACCUGUAUACAACAUAAAAUUAACCUAGCUGUAUAUAUUUGAAAAAAAUAUGACCAAUAGAGAUCUGCCAGAGGUUAUGUGUGAUCAAACUGAAAAUGAUCAAUUCUGCUUGCUCCCAGCUAUGCUGUUUUUUUCUGUAUCACCUCUUGUGUCAAGGGUGGAGGGGAAGAUAAACAAAGCUAAUAUAUAAAGAUGUUCUUGUGUACACUAUAUUUUACCUUUUUGAGCUCUUACCUUUUCUCUGCAGUGCUGUUUGGCAUCUCUUAAAGGAGCUAUAUACGAAAUUCAGAGUCUGCACACGGCUCGCACCUCUGAUGUCACAAACAAACAUGAAGGUGGCUAAGCUAAUGGUGCUAACAACGACAACCGUGCUGUAAGAGCUAACAGUGUUAUUGGGGGUUAGCUCACACUCACCGGGGCAAUCUAGCCUGGGCAACUGUGGUAUCAGUGGUAACCACCGUAUGAGCACCGCUCUCCUGUGCAUGCCCAGCCCGGGUUGUGCACUGUGCAGAGCGGCGGCGAUUAGCACUGGGACAUGAACACUAAGGGAGGGAGGGGAAGAAACAGGGAGGGCCAACAGUUUCAAAGAGAUGCCGAAUUACUCCACUAUAUCUUUACAUAGCAAACAGUUGUUUGCUGUUAUAUUCAUGCUCUGAAUGUGGUCUAUAGCUCCUUUAAGCUUUGUUUUAGAUUUGAAAUACACAUUUUGCACAGGUGUAUGUUGUAUUUACUUUGACAUCUAAUACUAUAACAUGUUUUAAAUGUCACAAAUUGUUACGAAUUGAACUGUAAGACACGUAGGAGUCAAAGUUCUGCCACAACUGUAGAGUAUCGCAUAGAGAAGAAUAACUUUGAAAAACAUAUUGUGAAAAUUGGAUAGCUAUAUCAGACUUGCCUGAAGAUUUAAAUGCAAUGCCAAAUAGGGAUGGUGCUUCUCAUGCCAUCUUAAUUACAUACUGUUAUUCUGAGUUUAAUUCUGCCACCGUUUUUUAUAUUUUUAAAAGAAUAAAUUGUUCUGGGAGGGGAUGCAAUGCAAUUUUGAGUAAAAUAUUAAUCAGACAAUUUCUGUGUUUUGUUGUCUUUAAAAAAAACAAAAAACAAAUGUCAAGUCUCAAGUGGCAUUCAGUGCCUAUACAGUGUAUCACCCUAGUCGUUUGGGAGGUUUUUCAUGUUUUAUUGAUUUGAUUUCAAUCACAGUGGGUGUAAUUGUGUUGUUUUUUGUUGCAUUAAUCAACAGAACACAAAAAAACAAUCUUCAAUCAAUUCAAAUUAAGUACCAAUCUGAAAUAAUUGAAUGUGUUCACCUACUUCAAGUUAAUAUUUAGUUGAGGCAGCAUUGACAGCAGUUACAGUCUUUAGUCUAUCGUAUGUGGAUAGAUCUGCAUUAGGUUUGCACAUGUGAUCGUUGCAAUUUAGUCCCCAUUCUUUUUUUUUGCUUCUUUGCAAAACAAGUCCUUCAUUCCCUGGUCAUUAAUGUAGUUCUUUUUAAAGCCAUCUACGUGCUGUGUUGACCUCAUGUUUGGGGUUGUUGUCUUAUUGUAAAAUGAAUCAUCUCAUCUCAGGUUCACCUCUGAGAUAUCGCUCUAUUUCUGCUGCAGAGAAACCCCAUGGAAAUCCCCACAGUAUAAGGCUGUCCACUCCAUGCAUCAUGGUGACCAUUAUAUACUUCUGCUCAUGUGCAAUAUUGGAUUUCGACCGAACACAGCGUGCAAAAGUCAAAAAUAUUAUUUUGGUCCCGUCAGGCCAUAAAACAUACCAUAUUUUUUCAUUCUCCUGCAUACUUUUUGAAAACAAGCAGAUGUCAAUCCAAGAGAAGCAUGCAGGCAACAGUAUCUGUAUGCAGUGUCUCCCAUCUCACCCAAUGAACCCUGUACCACCUUUACACUUGUCAGACACCCAAGCCUCUUGGUGGCUUCUGCCACUGGAGCCCUUAUCAUAAAAUCUUUCUUUUUGAUGACAACCUGCUCUCAGCAGAUUUAUAACUGCCAUAUUUGCAUUGUUUAUGAUUUACCUUACUGUACUCUGUACUUCACUGCUUUAGAAAUUGUCUUAUAUCCCUUCCCUGACUGAUACUUUUAAAUGUCAUUGUUCAGGAUAGACCUUUUUCACAGCAGACAUUUUGACUCAUGUUAGAAAAUGCACGUGUUAUUAAUAACAUUAACGAGGACCAGGACCUUGAAACCAAUGCAGCUAAAUGGAACUCAGCCAUCAUUCAUCUAUUAUUUACACCUGUGCUUUCCCUACUGUGACAUAUCAUAAUUUCUUCCACGAAAAAGGCUUAUUUAUAAUGUUUCUUUGUCUGUGAUCAUGCAAUUUCACAAAUUGCCUAAUCAGCUGUUGGACAUUCCCUUGUAAUCAACUCACAGUGCCACACCUUAAUUACACAUUCAACUAAUUUUGCAGCUAAUAAAAACAUCUGACACCAUAUUUAGGUGUAUGCCAUAAUAAAUGGGUGAAUACUG